AUGCCGCCCACGUUUUCGAUCGCACUAAUCGGCGCCUCCGGAACGGGAAAAACGACUUUUCUCAAGCGCAUUUCCACCGGAGAAUUCAAGCUGGGCGAAAUUCAGACGCAAGCAGUCGAGAUCACUAACGUUGAUUUCUAUACUACUCGGGGAAAGGUUCGAUUUGCAUGCUGGGAGAUACCUGGAUCAUCGGAGAUCGAAGAUCUUCAAGACGCCCACUUCCAUGGCGUGCUCGCCUUCUAUAACUCUGGAUCUCCCACCCAACUUGACGAAUGCUUGCAAAGAGUGCGAGAGUGGGAAGAGCAACACCGCCACGGAUGGACGGGAUUUGUAGUCGCGAGGAAAGAAAGGGAUAAUGUGUACAUCACCCCGCGAUCCAACAACAGCAACUCAUUUGAUGUGGACACCAAAGAGGAAAGAGAGAUCGGCAAACCAUUCAUCUGGCUGGCCCGAAUGAUAUGGAACUGUCCAGAUCUGGAAUUUGUUCCUGAACCUGCUUUUCCUGAGGGUGUUUCAACCGAACCCCUCGCUGAAAGAUGCCCAACUGUCCUCGUUGCACGAAGCCAGUUUAUUUUGCCGAGCGCGUCACCUUCCUCGGUCAAGACUGGCACCGGCCGUGUCUGCGCUGUGAGAACGACAAUUGCAAGAAGACGCUCACCGCUGGUUCGCACUCUGAGCAUGAAGGCCGUCCGUACUGCAACCGCUGCUAUGGCGCCCUGUUCGGCCCGCGCGGCUAUGGUCAUGGCGGCGUCGAGUCGCAUACCUUCCUCGGCGGCAGCACCGGCACCCAUGAGCCCUUUCCAGGGUCGGCCGGCACCGUCUAGGGUGUCCGGCCCUACAACCUUCGAUGAUGAGGCCAAAGCUCGUCACAAGAUCGACUGUCGCCAUAUCAUUACG